GCAGUGCAAGUUGGUGAGUGAACUGAGAGGGGUGUUAGAGCCCAAAGUGUGGCUUCUCACUCUUUCUUGAAAUUCAAUUCAAACAGUUUUUUAAAAGUGUUGUUUUAUUUAUACUGUAAUUUUAUUAUAAGAAGAUAAUCGCGUUUGGUUGGUAUAAUCAGAAAAUAAUUGACAAAAAUUCAAUUUAAAAAAGUACUUGAUUUUUAUAUAUUUCUGAAAAACUAAUUUUAUAAGAGUUUGAUAUAAAAAAAAAAUGGAGAGCGCUCUUUAUUCUCUUCAAGAAAGAGUGAGAGAAGCCACACUUUGGGCUCUAACACCCCUAGUUUCACUCUCAUGUAAAUGGAGUACCGCCCUUUUUUGAUGAUAGUAUGUGAACUAGCAUAUCACUAGUCCGAGUACAAAGAUCUCGAUGCCUGUAUAGAUAGUAAAGAAUAGAUAAAAGAGUACUUGUGAGAAAUAUAUUAAAGUGAAUUUCAAAAGAAUCGUAACUGUCCAUCUAGUGGUCAAUAAGCGAUUUACUAGACAACGAUGUUGCGCGACGAAAGUUGAUACGGUAGGGCCGGUAGGGGUAGACACUUGGUGCAAGUGCAAGCCUGCAAGCUACAAGCCAGUGGUCACCACUGUCACCAGUGGUUAGCUGUCGUCGCUGUAGAUCGCAGGAUAUGGGAAGAAGAUGUAUUUGAAACGGCCGACGAAGGUGGUGGAUUUGACGGUGUCGCGCACCACCGCGGACGUGCAUCUGCGCGAUCUCAAGUGCCCGAUAUGCUGCGGCAUCCUGAUCGAGCCAGUGACGCUGCCGUGCACACAUAACCUCUGCCUGCGUUGCUUGCGGGGUACGUUUGAGCACAACAGCCUGAGCUGUCCGAUGUGCCGGGUCCGGGUCGGCUCCUGGCUGCGCACCGCCACCAAGUCCGAGACCCUGGUGAACCACGGCCUCUGGGAGCUGAUCAGAACCAGGUUUCCGAAGGAGGUCGAGAACAAGCACAAUGGCGAGGAGGGGGACUUGGACGACGACGCUGAUUAUGCGGCAAAUAGAAUACUCAGUGCAACCGGGGAGAUACAUCGGGAGUACAAGGCUCAACUUCAAAUGGCCGAGGAGGAGAUGCGUCGUCAGAGGCAGGCCGAGGAAAUGGCCAGCAAGGCUCUGAUUCAGAAGAUCCGUGCGGAGGAGCAGCAACUGCUCCUGGCGCAGUUCGCGCAGGAUCAACUGCUGGCCAAGACCCUGGCAAAGCAGCAGGCUGCACAAAAGGAGGCUUCCGCUAAGUGUUAUAAUGAGUGCUUGGGAACGUCAGUGUCGUCGACUUACGCUUUCAACGAAUCCAACAAAUUUGACUAUGCGAACAUACGUGUAAAUAAUAUCGAAACGCCGCAAAUCGGAACAACCGCGUGCCUGGAAGGCAGGCACGUAGGUCUUCCCGAGUCUGUCAGGGACAACUCGAAAACGAGACAGAUGAACGUGUUGUUAUCCAGGAUGGGAAUGUACUCCAACGUGUGCGGCUCUAAGGAGACGACGAGUGCGCCCAGUGCUCAUAAAAAUCUGGCUGCGUAUUGUUGCCAGAAACAAGUACCCGCUUACAACGUCAUCACAAAGAAGCAUCAAAGCACGGUGUCCAAGUUCACUCAACCUUGUACCUCGAAUUAUCCCGCGGAUCCUGGAUGCUCCACGUCCAGUGCUUAUGCGACGGAGACUAAGGAGGAGCUACGAGUCCCGAGCGACGUGGUGAACAGCAAGAAAAAGAGUCUCGGAGUGGAAGUAUGCAUGACCUUGGCCGAUGACGACGAGAGGAUAGGAAGCGCCGAAAGCUCCGGCAGUCACGACAGCAUAAACCAGGAGAUUCAUCAUUUUAAACCGAUCAAAACGGUGCCAAGGACAAAAUUGCAAAUUUCUUUGGAUGGAAGACAAAUAGAUCCAAAGUUAAUUAGAGUGAUCCCUAUCUUAAAGAAAGUAUGUAAUGCAGUGCCAAAGCCUCCAUCACCGACACACGUGAAACGUAUCGGAUGUUCUUGGAGCGCCUUCAGAGGUAAAAUAAGACAAGAUGCAAAGGAAAAGCAAGCUGCACAGAGUCUGAAGGAUAAUACAGAGAUACCGAUUGAUCAGAAACCGUCGACGUCACUCGUUCAUUCUCAAAUCAUUGUUCCGAAUAAGUCGACGACGAAGCCUCAGACGAAUGAUGCUAUCCGCAGACUUGACUUUAUACCCGAACCAUCAUUCGAUAGCAACAAAAAUUAUACGAAAGAUGCAAAUAAAAUAAUCAAUGGUACUAAAGUGAGUAAGAAGCUGUUGGACGACGAAUGGGACAUGAGGAAAGCACGCAAGUCCUGGAGAACGAACACGCGAAACGGUGUGGUAGCGAAAUCUAAACGGCAUAGAAACCUGCGGACUGCCAGGAAGGAAAUCAAACCUACCGUGAACGUAACUGACAAAGAAGAAGAUGACGAUCCGACGAGCUCUAAUUCGUCAUUUGUUAAAACGAGUCUGCAAACCGGCGAGCGGGACGAUGACAAUGACGUAGCCGUCGAAAAUAUAGCGGAACGAAUUAAGAGGAGAAAAGAAAACGCGGAGAAGAAGACAUCGGAGCCAGAAAUGGAAUUGGAUGCGUCUAAAAGAAGCAGAGCAGCAACGAGGAAGAGAGCGCUACCUGAAAGGAUAGACGAGGAUCCCACACUGGAUCAAGCCACAUUCUCGACAUCUCACGAGAGCACGGAAAUUGACGGAAGUUCUACGAACAGGGCGAAGCGGCGAAAAAUUAGUAAAAGUUCUGAAAAUCAGAAUACAGGGAAUUUAGAGCAGAAUGAACCUGCAACAGAUGUCACGUCCAGCCCGAGGAAGUCUGCGCGAAACUUGAUGAGGAUCCCUUCAGUGACAGGUGAAUCGAACAGCGUGCAUAACAAGAGUAACAACAAAUUUAAUUACGACUCGCCGCCGGAGUCUUGCGAUGAAACAGAGGAAUGCACCCCGGAGAGCCAUCGUACUGUCGGCACUUGCGUCGGCAAGCUUCUGUCGGAUGAGGAAGUGAUCGAGGAGCAGCAGCGGAUGGAGCGAUUGCUGUUGCAAGAGCGAGAGGAUUUUGAACUGGCACGUCGCUUGCAGGCGGAGUACGACGAGAUGGAACGAAUAGCCGGACGCACCAGGCGCUCGAGAAGGGUUGUCGAAAAUGAUAGAAACGUUAUCGACGUGAAUUCGCGUGAAAUCGACGCCAUGGCAAGAACGACGGUCCGUAGGACGGGUGCAGGUGUGCGCAAAACCGCGAAACGGAAGUCGAUUGUCGUCAGUCGAGUUAUGAGUACCGCAGCGACUAAGGGAAAGCGCAGGCCAAAACGCAUGAAGAUCACAGUUGAUGCGCGCGAGGACGAGACCCGCACGCGAUAAUCGUGUCGUACAUACACACACGGCGCGUAAGAAUCCUCCACAAUUGGAUGUUCCUAUAAGCCAUAUAUGUUUGACGGAAGGAGAUUCGAUUGAAAUCGCGACUUUUUUGCAUAGUGUUGUGUAUUUUUUAACAAAUCAUUUGCGUCGUAUCGAAUAUCGAAUAUGUACCUGGAUUGCGGGAUUAUGAAAGGGAAGAAAUCAGUCAGUUUAGAUCUUCGGAUUGUAAACGUCGUCGUUUUUGGUGUCUAUACGCGAUGAAACGUCUACGUGCCGUUUUUGUUCCUAACGCAUCAAUCGUGCGCGUUUAUAGCGAUGAGAAAUAGCGACGGGAAAUAGCUUGUGCUCAUGUACAACGUGUCCUGGAACGCCUGGCCUAAAUUUUAACAAAUCUUGACCAACAGGUUUUUUUUUCAUUGAAAGAAUUUAAGAUUAAGGUUGGAGUUACUCCGGGACACCUCGUAUCUAUAUUUUUAUUAACUUCAAAAGAGUAUCGCAUUAUAAUCAAAAUGAAGAGUGACAAUAUUUGCGCGAGACGUUACAUUUGGCUGGGAGUAAAAAAAGAGUCGAGUGCAAGUCCGUAAUUUUAACAGCGAGAGAUUGAAACUGUAGUUUUAUACAGUGAUUAUACUUACUUUUUAAGAGAGCUUGUCCAUUUAAGUAGACUUAAGUCGCUAUUCAUUAUCAG